UGUGACAAGCGAGCGCGCCAAAUUGAUAUCUCCCACCAAGGCAACGUAGAACAAAAGAUUUGGUAGAAUUUAAGAGUAAACAGCAAUAAAACGAAGCAACACACGCCGUUUGGAAGCUUAAGAGUUGAUACUUUACCGGUCAAAACUCGGAAUAACGUCCUCGGUGCAACCGGAGAGCUGUCAGGAUGGGUUUGCUCGACCGCUGCCAGGAGCUGUUCAGCACCUCCAACUUGUACGAGGUUCUGGGAAUCAACAAAGAGGCGACCGAGGCGGACAUCCGGAGGAGCUACUACAAAGUGUCUCUACAAGUCCACCCAGACCGGGCUCCCGAUGACCCGCAGGCCACGGAGAAGUUCCAGGUGUUGGGGAAGCUGUACGCGGUGCUGAGCGACAAGGAGCAGAGGGCUGUUUAUGACGAGCAGGGAGUGGUGGAUGAAGAGUCUGAUGUCCUGAGUCAGGACCGCUGCUGGGAAGACUACUGGAGACUCCUCUUCCCCAAGAUCACAGUGCAGGACAUCCUUGAGUUCGAGAAGAAAUACAAAGGCUCCGACGAGGAGCGUGAGGAUGUUAUCCGGCUUUACGUGCAGCACCAGGGCGACAUGGACGCCAUCACAGCUUCGGCUCUGUGCUGCUCCCAGGAAGAUGAACCCAGGCUGUGCAGCAUCAUCCAGGCUGCCAUAGACGGCGGCGAAGUCACAUCCUUCCCAGCGUUUACUCAGGAGAGUAACAAGAAGAAGAGGGCACGCAGGAAGAGGGCUGACAGAGAGCGACAAGAAGCAGAAGAAAUGCAGAAAGAGAUGGGGCUCGGCGAUGAGGAUGAUAGUCUUGUGAUGAUGCUUAAGCAAAAGCAGAAGUCCAGAGAGCAGAAUUUCAACAGUUUCCUCUCAGACCUGGAAGCAAAAUAUGCCAAAAAAACACCCAAAGGAAAAAAAGGAAAAAAGUGAAGAGUUUAAAGGUUCUGAUUGCAGCAGAUAUCUGCAUUUGUUCAUUUAAAAAAAAAAAAAAAGACAGUUUUUUGAUUAACACUGAAGUACACGUGGUUCCCUCUGUAGACCUCCUCAUAAAUGUUCAUGCAUCUUUUAUUUCUUGUCAUUUCUCUCGUUGUAAAACACGAAUAAAUCCAUAUUUAUGUAGUA